GGGCAUAAGGAGCUUCGACCCGACGAUGUUCGAGCGCACCGUCGACAGCCUUCGCGGCAAUGGCCAGGACUCUCCGGUCAACAGCCAGCGGCAAGGACAGCCACUCGCACUUCCACAACUUCCUGUUCAGCCACAACAAACUCAUACGUCUCAGGCACAAGCGCAAGCUCAAGCUCAUCUUGAUGCUGCGCGGCAGGCGGCUGAAACCCGUCAGUACGCUUCCAGUCGUCUUGCAGACCCUAGGAUGGGUUACGCCGGGGUCCACCCUUCCCAGCUGGUCAGCACAGAUGACUGGCAAAGUGCCCUCGAGGACCCGACCUCUGCGUACAUCCGCUCCUACCUGCAGACGCCCGGCGCCCGGCCCAAUGCCCCCAUCCCACCCACACCACACUCGCAAACGGCCGCGCCGUCCCCCUCGCCGCUCAUCUCCGCCAUGCAAAGCGAGGUCGAGCACCGCCAGAUCGGCUCGCCGUACCCGUACCCGUUCACGCACAUCCGGCGCACGACCGUCGCCGCGCCACCCGUCGCGCCGUCCUCGAGCUACGACAUGAACAACCCCGCGGUGAUCCGCGAGCAGCUCGCGCUGCAGAUGCAGAUCUACGCGCUCAACAACGGGCUCGCGCCGCCGUCCGACUCGACGUUCUCGCCCCCGUCGACCCCGUUC